GCCGUAGAAAGCUGCUCCACUAACAUGUGAAACUGUGGUGAGGUUGAGAAUGGAGGAAGGAAGAGACCGGGAAGGAAGCUGGCCAGGAGAAUCACAGGAUCCAUUGUUAUAAAUAAAAGAUUGUAAAAUACGGUUAAAUCUGGUCAAUUGAUGGAUAAAUAAAGAGGUCUUUUGACGAAGGAAACUCAAAGAUCCCAGGGAUCAAGCUGGCAGUUACACACUCUGGAAGGGUCGCCAUAUUCACAAAAACGCCCAAAAUUCUACAAAUUCUCAGCUAUACGGACGGAUAUUUGAAGAUUCGCGAAUUUUUGCACCCCUGGUCUCUUAUGCCACCCGGUGCCUUUGUCGUUGUUUUACGGAAGGACAGGAAAAUCCGCAGAUUUAAUUUACUUGUUUUAAUUAGGGGACACCCGGGAUUUAAACGUAGCACUUUGCUCACUGAGUCGUAGUCUUGUUUUAAAAGUCACUUUUGAUUCUUGCAUAUUGUAAAUUCUUAAGAUGAAGGGACUGAAUAUAUUAUGUGCAACCACCGUUGCCAUAUUCUUCUACGGAACACUGGGAGUUCAUUCUCGUAGAUAUAGCUCUCUGGACCCAUCGUUUCUUUCCAAAGCUGAUAUAGAGAGCUACGACGUUUUCAGCGAAAGCUUGCUCGUAGAGCUAGAGAACUUUAGCAACAAAAUUUUGGAUAAACUCGCAGAUAGAUUCGCCCAGAAGCUCGGAAGAAGUGGCCUGAACCUAGACUCCAAGGACCACGUCAGAAAGAUUUUUUCAUUCCUAGAGGAUGACGAAGUAACUGCCAUUGAGAAGGCGCUUGAGAAGCAGGAAGAGGCUGCUGAAGAGAAUAAGGCCUCAGCUCCUGCGGCUCCAGCAGCUCCUCAACACAAACGCACAUCUGGUUUGCGCUCAUUCUUCUCUGGUGUCAAAAGGGCCGCCAAAUCAGCUGGAAAGGAGGUUCUUAUCCAUGCCUCCAAGGCCGUUACCACUCACGCCCUCAAGGAGACCUUGCCAGAUAUCGAGAAGCUCUUUAAGGACGCACUCAAUAGGCUGCCACUCGAUACCAAAAUCGUGUUGACUCCAAUCUUUUACAACUUGUGGAAGGGAAUGUUUAAGAGACUCAAGGUGCCAUUGCCACAGGGUUUCACGAUCAAGAAUCUCAUCCUUGAUGGUCUCGACGAAGCAGGCAAAAAGAAAGCAGAGCAGCUCCUCAAGGGUGGAAAACUCUUGAAACUUGAAGAUUUAGAGGCCUUCAAAAGGAGACGUCGCUCUCUUUGAGGAUCCCCAAGUCAUGUAAUAAACCCGACCGAUUUGGUCAAGUAGUACUAGUAACUACUACCAUGUAAAUUUGUACC